AUGGCUUCAAAGAGACGAGCACCAAUUCCCACUAGUGCCAUCGAAUCGUCCAGGACUACGCCGAAGUUUCCUUUGGAGCUGCAUCCGUUGGACAAGUUGGUCCUUCUGGUGCAAAGCUCUGACGAUUUUGUCAGACAAAGCUUGUUUCGGAAACUUUUUUCCUGCGGACGUGCCUUGCCCUUGAUCAUACCCGUGCCAUCAUAUGCACGUGAACAGACCGGAGCGAGCCACGAAUUACUUCUUUGGGCGUGCAGUGACAUAUUCAUCGCGCAUCAUCGCGACGGACGAGUAAAACUAUCUGACUGGUCUGGCCCUCUUGUGAGUGUGUUGGAACUCGGCGGUGACGAUGGUGACUCCGAUCCCAAAGAAAUGCUUCUGCGUCACACGUGGUUCGACGAUCAUCCGGUGUUCAGUGAAGAUACCGAGUCCGAAGCGGUCAAGCUGGUCUCCGAUGGAUGCGUUGAGAUGGGAUUCCACGUCGGCGAGAAUAUCGAGAAGGGACAACGCAGUUCCGGAGUGGAUGCCUUGGUGAUGAAUUUAAGCGGCUGUCCCACUGUCCAUGGAGCACAAUUCCGGUUUCUUCUUCAACAUUCCAGCGCAUUGCUAUUUUUCGUCAGCAGUGCUGCGAAUGAAGAGGUUGUGAAGAGAGUGUUGCAAGGGAUGCAGCAAGUUUCACGCGGCAAACAUGUUGCAGUCUUCUGGAUUUUGAACAAAGGAGUUAACGAGAAGCUUUUUGGAGAGUGUGAGUCAUUAGGACACACAGUGAUGGCGAAAACAAGAUCAAACGUUCUUCAACGCAAGCUUCGCGAUAUUAUGACAUCAGUCGUUACCGAUCCACUUCUGUGCCGGAAAGCAUCAGAUUUGUGGAAUCAUUAUCCCGUCGGCAUUAAAUGCGACGAAGAUCUGCCUGCUUGUCAAGAGGCGAAAACGAAAGUACAAGCAUUUCUUGCCAUUUGGAAGAAUCAAAUCCGGCGAUCUGCGUCAGCUUUGCCACUUUUGCGACUGUGGUUGGAAUUUAGUCGAGCAUUUCGUCUGUCUCUGGCCAAGCGGACUGGCGUGAGCAGACUGUUUGGAGAAGAACAGGAUGCAUUCGACGAGGAUGAAAAGAAGAGUGAAAUGCGGGAAAAGCAGGUUGUUGAAAUAAAAUCGAACAGGGACUGUGCUGCAAAGCUUCUUGCAGACUUGUUUACGAGCCUCUAUGUUCACUCGUCUGCUGCACUUUGCUUCGGCUACAUUUGGCUCGCUCAAUUCAGUUUGUCCAUCAAACGGGACCGUGCGAGUUCUCUUCCACGUGGGAGUUUGUUCGUCUUGUUUCUUCGUGAACUCGCGCAAUACUACGAAGCUUGCAUGGCUUCUGGUGACGUUUCUUUGGCGCAGAAGGUGUCUGUAUUGCCGGAAAUUUUUGCGCAUUUGCUGAUGUCGGGUUUUCCGAUCGAAUUGAUCGACGGAGACGGAGAGAAUAUUCCGAUGACAUGGAUCAAGGCAGUGAUGAACGAGCUGAAGCGGGAUGGAAGGGUUCGAUUAGUGCAUGUUUUGUCAGUUCUGGGAACCCAAAGUUCGGGAAAGUCGACUUUGCUGAACGCCAUGUUUGGAUCCAACUUUUUGGCUCACAGUGGAAAGGCGACGCGAGGCGUGUUCAUUCAACUACUUCCGAUGGAGUCUGAUCGACGCAUUUUGAAUCGUACCAUGUCAUCCGCCAGUCAGUCAAUUGAUGGUCGCGCACCGGCUGGUCGUCAAGCGCCGGUCGGUCUAACCGCCAGCCAGGGCAGUCCUUGGCCUUGCCAAUCCCCAGUCCACCAAACUGCGGUCCGGUCACCCGAUUGUUGGGGCACCCAAACAAUUGGGUGA